AUGAAGUUCCUCGCUGUCGCCGCUCUCCUUGCGGGUGCUGCCAUUGCUGCUCCCACUUUUAACACUGGCGGCGGUUCGGUUUGCCCUUCUGGUCUCUACAGCAAUCCCCAGUGCUGCUCUACUGUUGUUCUCGGUAUCGUCGGCCUUGACUGCCAAUCCCGUGAGUAUUGCCAUCUUGAAGCGUACCCUUGA